AAGAAGCAGCUGUUACAGCGUUCACGGCGUGUGGAGGGGAGCGCUGAGCGGGCAGCAGCCCACAGGAGCUCUUCCAUCUUCGAUAUGCUAAAAAAACGCAGUGAAGUCCAAGACCUGGACAACGAGAACCAGGAGAAGCAAGAAGAACUGGAGAAUUUGCAACAGCGUGAAGCUGAGUUGCAGGAGAAGAUUAAGAAAGCUAACAAGAUGAACCUCAGCUUUGAGAAGAUUCUCAGGGACCAGUAUACUGAAUGUUCAGAGAGAGCAACGAGGGAGAGGAAAGAGGUUCUUCAUCUGGAUGCAGAGCAUGAGAGGCUGGUGGUGGAGUUAGCUGAAGAGCUGCAGAGCAAACAGGAGCGAGAGCGCCAGCUAGUGAAACUCACUCCGUACGCUGUGAACUUCGAGCGGGCGGCCAAGUUGACCAAGUUUAAGGAUGCAAAGAGCCUCGCAGAUCAUACGGAGAACCUUCUCCGCAUUCGAGAGAGUCACCUUCAGCAGGACCUGAAGAAGCGUGAGAAGUAUGACGAGCUGAGGAGAACCCUGCAGUCAAACCAAGAACAGCAUCGCCUCAUGCGUCUGCAGAAGAACUACGAGCUGUCCCAGAUGGAGGUGGAGCAUGAGAAAGAGCGCUCUGAAGUUCUGGAAUGGGAGAGGAAGUGGAACCACAUUCAGGAAACCGCAUCAAAGAAAUCACUUCUCCUGGGACAAAUCAAGAUGGCGACACUCAACCUCUACGAAAUGAUGUCAAGACGAAAAGCAGAUGAAGUGGUUGAUAUAAACGACACAGAGAAACAGCUGGACCAGGUUAAGACGUUCAUGCAAGACAGCGACGACAUGGUACAAUAUCAGACUUCUUCACAGAGACAAGAUGGAAAGAAAAGAGACAAAAAGAGCUUUCCAAGUCACAGUAAAAAAAAGGCUUCAAAGUAACCUUUACCAUGAGUCUCCUCACAGCUUUAGAACUGAAUUUGCUGAGAUGGAACUAAAUAAUUAAAGUGUGUUUAUCUAAUGUUAAACUCUGUGAGUUUCAUUAACUGUUAACUUGUAGACACUGAACUUCAAUACACUUGAACACUGAAUGCAAUCAAAUAUUGUCCAUUUAUCUCAUCAUUGUUAUUAAAAUGGCUUGAUCAUAAAUUCUGAAAUGGUUCUGAUAGUGGUAGCUAAACAUUUGAGGGUGACUUUUUCAUAAAGUCUAUCCAGUUGCAAUUUCAGAUAACUUAUACAGUUAGUUUAUUCAAUCCUAAGCUUCUCCUCUCAGCACAAUAUCAUGUAGACUUUGAAUCAUCAGGAUAAAGGUCCGGUGCUGCCACCUCGUGUCUCUUAAAGAAAACAGCAAUCUGUUGUAACUUGUUUUAUUGAUCAGAUCUCAGAACAGCUUCUGAUGGGUCUUUGUCUUUCACGGCACUUUUGACCCCUCUACAGACAUACUGUCACUUAAUGGUAGGAAAACAGUGAACAAUAACAAAAGAUUAACAUUUAUAUAUGGACAUUCAAUUUUAUAUAUUGGCCUACAGUAUUAUCCACAAUAGUGAAAUGUAACUAUUUACUUAAGUACCAUACUUAUAUUGAAUGUCGAGGUACAGGUAUUUUAUUAUUUUCAAUUAUAUAUACAUUGUUCUUCUGCUCCGCUACAUCUCAGAGGCACAUAUUGUGCUUUUAACUCCAUUAUAUUUUGGGAUAGCUGUCGGCUAGUUAACUUUAAAUAUGAUGUUGAUAUAUGUAUGAUUAUGUAUAAAGAUGAGACGUGGUGAUUUUCAGAAGCCAAUCAGCAUUAUGGUAAAAAUAAAAAGGUUGUCUGCAACAUUAAAGCGAUAGACCUUGAUAUACCUAUAUAUCAAUAGGAAUAAGCCAAUAAUAUAAUAUAAAAUGUACCAUUCUGCUCAAUGAGUAGGCCUACCUUUCCCUUUUUGAACCUAAAACAUUUUUGGAUCCUAACCCUUUUUUUGAUUCAAGUGAAUCGUAGGAAUUAGACAGUGAGCGGAUAAUAAUGAAGUUUUAUUCUGAAAUGAAUGACAUGUCAUGUCCUAAAGGCAUUGUUGUAAAAACAGGCUGUUUUGACACCACAGUUUUCAAAACGCAUUUCAGUACAUCAUCUUUUUUUAUAGGUUUAAAAGUAGAUAUGUAAAAUCUAAAAUCACACGACUUACCAGUUUUCAUAGCAUAUUAUGAUGAUGAUCAAAACAAAACUAGUACAUUUUACAUAUAUUUUUGCUUAAAACUAAUGUUGCUGCUACUGCUCACUCUGUGCCCUCUUUGUUGUCGGGGCACA